GGCCCAUCGAGUGGGUAUAUAAACUGCGGCAAUUCAGCUGAAUGAACACAUUUGGUAACGCUCACUUCACUGACUAUAACCAAAAAUGAAAUCUGCUCUGAUUCUUCUGUGUCUGGCCCUUUUCGCUGUGGCCAUUUACGCCGAUUGCGAUCCCGACGGCAAUGGACAACCCAAUUGCUCCGGCACCAGCUCCACUAGAUAUCGCAACAACUGGGAUCCCACUCGCUACUGGGUUUGCCAGGGUAAUACCGCUACCACUGUCCUUUGCGAUAUCAACACCGGCUUCGAUCCCGUAUCAUCUGAGUGCGUGUCUUGGAGCACCUGGCAAUGGUAUCCUCCAUGCCCUGCCUAAGUUCUCUUAACUUUGGAAACUCAAAUUGCAAAUAAAUAAAAAAGAAUAAUCAUUUUGUGAAUUAA